AUGGACAGUUUUAAGUUGACGGAUUAUUCUGCUUUAACCGUAGGUUUAGUACCCUUCACCUUGAUAUUAUUCUUAAUUGACAUAUCAACUGACUUCAAAUUGAGUCAUAUUUUAGCUUUAUAUCCAUCAGCUCCUUUGAAAUUCGAUUUAAAUGCCUUAUCUUUCUAUCCUUUUUUACAUAAGAAUAUAAUCCAUUGGAUAUUAAAUAUUACCUCCCUUGGUUACUUAUUGAACAACUUUGAAAAAACUCAUGGUACUAUUUAUACUGGAGUUACAUUAAAUUUAUUGACAGUCAUUUCAGGUUUACAAUAUUGCUUACUCGGAUCGAUUUUAUUCCAAAAUACUCAUGUUAUAGGUUUAUCCGGAUUAGUUUUUUCAUUCAUGGCAUUUUAUGCUGUAAAAGAAAGUGAAUCCAGACCUAUAUUGUUUCAAUUCAAAGUCAAUAGUCGUGAAAUUAUUAUUCCAACCAAAUAUUCUCCUUUCAUUUGGUUAUUUGCUAUUGCUUUAAUAAUCCCUGGUUCUUCUUUUUUUGGCCAUUUAACAGGUAUUACUACUGGAUACUUAUUGGUUUAUAAAAAGAUCAAUUUCCUUUAUCCAUCUUCAAAAAUCAUUUUAUUCAUAGAAAAGAAGGUAGCUCCUUUGAUUACUUUCUUAAAGAAGAUUGUUAAUUUUGUUACUGAAGAGGAUGGUGCUAAUUUGAGAACCGUUAAUUAUGUUCCUUUCCUUUCCACUGAUUUAGAAAUCAAUACUGAUUCAACCUUCAGAGGUCCAGGUCAUGUUGUAGGUACUGAGUAA